AUGAACCCGCAAUUGGAGAAUCUGCUACUCAAAUUGGAUAUUGGGUCCAAGUUUCCCUUCUCGCUGAACGAACCGGUGAAGGUGAGAUUACCCCGUGGUCCAUUAGAGGAACCUGCUUACAAGCUUUCUGACGAUGAGAAUUUCAGCAGUGAUAGGGACGAGUUGGACAAUCCGAUGCCCGUACUCCCUAUCAUUGCACUAUCAGACUUGCAAGGUGUGUUCAAGGAUAAGUUGGCUCGCAUAAGAUCCGCUAAUGAGAAUCAAGUAGCUGUUAUAACAGAGGAGAAGCGUCAAUUGGAAAUAGCACGCAAGAGGGAGGAGGAGAGGCUCAAAGCCGAGCGUGAACUGAGGGAGAAACGGGAACGGGAAGAACGCGAGAGGCGAGAACGAGAGGCGGCUAAGUCGCGUAAAAGACAAGAAGAAGAGGAAAGAGAGGAAAGGAAACGGCAAGAGCAGCUGAAGAUUGAAUCGGCCAAGAGAGAGGCCUCCCAAGGUAAGUACGUCACCAGUCGUACAAAGAUUGAGGAAACGUUCUGGCACUACAAGAAUAAAGUGGUCGAAAUCAAACAGACAAUCGCUGAGCCUGCUAAGGCAUUGCCCAAGGACAUAAAAAGUCUUUUGUCUCAACAUAAGAGAAAGAUCAACCCGAAAUUUGGUCAAUUGACAAACUCGUUGCAACAACUGACGGCUAUUAAGAACGAACUGAACAAUCUGAUAGGACAAUGCAAGGCCGCUCCAAACCCACUGAUAUACCCAUGGAUUCUUAACUUCUGUGCAAAGGCUAUUGUGCAUCAAGCUGAAACUGAAGUGCGCGUAAAACCGGAGUCAGCGACACCACUUGCCAAGUUAUCAUGCUUCCUGCUCCAACAGUUCCCUGAACUGGGCGAACUGUUGAUGGCAAGGUUCGUCAAGAAGUGCCCAUAUGUGAUUGGGUACACCUGUGCCAUCGAGACGGAAAAGGGCAGAUCGAGCAUGGGUUGGAAAAGGAAAUCCGACGACAAGUGGGAGAGCGAUACGUCCUACGACGAAAGAAUGGCAGGCAUGAUGACACUGUUCGCAGCCAUUACAAUGUUACCAGAGAGCAACCAGCAGCCCGUCAACGAGAAAUGGUCUGUCGUGGCCUCUUGGCAAAUCGUGGCCAGAAUGGCAAACUUACCAACGGCAUCCCUAACAAAUACACAUUUUAUCUUACUAGGUGCCUGGUGGGACUCUUGCGCCUUUGAAUUCUUGGGUACAUUCGGGAAUCAAGCGGAUAAACUGCUGCGACUAGUAGGAGACGCGCUGACACAGUCCGUGAACGAACACAAAUUUGUCGGUGCUGCCAGACUCAGGAUUCUUUACGAGGAUUACGUGCAGAACCGUACCAUAAAGCAGUUCCAACCCAUGGAUCAGUGA